AUGUGCAACCCGAUGCUGAGGACUUCAGUAAGUACUGCAUCAGUGCUGUGGACGAGAUUCGACAGAGCCUCUCUCUUCCAUCAUCUUCUGCUGUCGAUCUGCUGCAACGCAGUACCCCCCGGCAGCCCAUUCCCGGCUCUUCAAUUGGCAUCCAUACUUGCUCAAAAGAUCGACGACCUUUCAGCCAAAGUUGACCGCCUCAACGAUUUACCGGAAAAUGUUAAAAUUAUCCAGGAUGAUGUCAAGGCUAUCCAUGACAAAUUUGAACAACUUGAGCCUCGUAUUGAGCGUCUUGAACACAGAGUCUCAGAUAUUGAGAGUAGAGUCGAUGCAAGACAGGCUGGCGGUGGUGGUUUUGAGGAAACCCUGAUGGAGAUCAAUGAUCGUAAUAAACGUCUGUGUAAUGUAAUUCUUUACGGCAUUGCUGAAAGCUCCCAAUCAAACACUGAAUCUAAAAGAAAACACGACAAACAGCAAAUUAAACAGCUUUUGUCUGAAGUUUACCAGGAAGCUAACCUUGAAUCUAUUAAAUUCUUUAGAAUUGGAGUAUAUAAGAAACAUAAUUCCAGGCCGAUAAAAGUCAUUUUCCCUGAUGCUGACCAAGCUCGAAUUUUCGCCAAACGUUUCUCGGACAAAUAUGCAAAUGGUGAUGGUGGUAUCAGCAUGUCUAGAGAUCGCACAGUUAAAGAGCGAAAUCAUCUUCAGAAACUCAGAGCAGACCUUGAAGCGAGGAGGAAUGCUGGCGAGAAUGACCUGACUAUAAGGGUGUAUAGAUGUGAUAGGACCUCUCUAUCGAGCCAGAAAACCAGUGGUGGUGGGGUGAUUGUGGCAAUACGGGACCGGUUUGAUUCCUGGGAACUCUCUCAGUCUUCUCUUAACAUUGAAUGUGUCUUUGCAGCCAUGAAGCUAAAGAAUUCUAUUCUUGUCCUUGGUGGUGUAUAUCUGCCUCCUAAUCAGAACUCUACCCAAUACAUGGAAUUUGCAUCUAUUCUGGAGGAACUGUCAAUUACCGUUCAAGACAUACACCCAUUAUUGAUUAUUGGAGAUUUUAACUUGCCGAACGUGGACUGGUCCAGUCUCUUUACCCACCUCAACACAUCAGCCCAACGUAUUUAUGAUGUUAUGAAUUUCCUUGAUCUUAAGCAGUACAAUAAUAUCUACAAUGAUCGAGGUGUCCUUCUGGAUUUGGUCUUUUCUUCUGUGAACUUGCGAGUCCUGAAUGCCUCAGACACUCUUCUUCCUGUGGAAUGUCACCAUCCUGCGCUGGAAAUGGACCUGGAUAUUAAUACUUCAGAAAACCUCUACUAUAGUGCAUUUGUUCCCAAUCUAAGGAAAUGUGAUCUAGCCCAUGUGUUUGACUGGGUUCAGCGUCUGAACUAUCCUGUGUUCGAUAACAGUGUUCCUGUCGAAGACUUAUUUUCAGAAUUUUGUUUCCAACUUAGCUGCAAUAUCAGGAGCGCAUGUCCAUCUAAAUACGUUGGUAAACGAGCCUUUCCUGUUUGGUUCUCCCCUGAACUAAAAGCUGUGAUCAUCAGGAAGAAGAUACUUCAUAGGCGCUACAAACAAACUCUUGAUAACCGUCUUUAUUAUCAAUUCUGUGGUGUUCGUGCAGCAUGUAGUAGACUAACGAGGGAAUGCUACUCAACAUAUAUUCAGUCCAUUGACUCAUCUCUGAAGAGUAACGUUCGAGUCUUCUGGAGUUUUGUCAAUUCUUCCAAGAGGACUCCAUCACUUCCUUCUCGAUUGCAGCUCGAUCAUGAAUUUGCUGAAAAUCCUCAAGACAUCUCUAACAUGUUCGCCAAGUUUUUUUCCUCUGUGUACAAGGCUCCAUCUUCAUCUCCACCUAUAUAUGACCUCAAGGCAUGUACCACUCUCUCUUCCUGCUGUGUAACCUGUGCUGAGGUGGAGGGUGUACUGAAUUCGCUUGAUGUGAACAAGGGAGCUGGCCCUGACGACAUCUCUCCAUUGAUUAUGAAAUUCUGCAGUAGCGUUUUAUCUCCUCACCUUACCUUAUACUUCAACAUGCUCAUGGCUGCCGGAAUCUUUCCCUCUAAUCUCAAAUUGGGUUAUAUAGUACCUAUCUUCAAGUCUGGUUCUCCCGCUGACGUCAAGAAUUAUCGCCCGGUAGUUAUUCAGUCAUCAAUUGCCAAGAUCUUUGAAUCCCUGGUUCUGAAGAGGUUGUCAUUCCAUCUGAAGGGUGUUAUCUGUGCUGAACAACAUGGCUUUAUGAAAGGACGCUCGACUACUACUAAUCUACUAACCUUCCAAGAUCACAUUCUCACUGCCUUCUCAGAAUCUCAUCAGGUGGACUCCAUAUACACAGACUUCUCUAAAGCUUUCGAUCGUGUAAGCCAUGAACACCUGGUGGCCAAGCUUGAAGCUAUUGGACUCAGUGGAAGCCUCUUGAUGUGGUUGAAGAGCUACCUUCGGGAUCGUUCUCUUCGGGUUCGGGUUGCUGGCUGUUUGUCGAAGCCUUUCUCUGCUAUAUCAGGUGUGCCUCAGGGAUCGCUGUUGGGCCCUGUUCUCUUCUCAAUAUUUAUCAAUGACUUAGUCCAGUACACCCAAGGAUCAAAAGUUUUACUCUUCGCCGAUGAUGCUAAAUUCUUCAGAACAAUAAAAACCUUCAACGAUUGCCAGGCUUUACAGAACAGUAUUGAUCUGUUGAUGAAGUGGUGUUAUGAUAAUGACAUGUCAUUAAAUAUUUCCAAAUGCUCUGUGAUAUCUUUCUCCAGGUCUAGCACACCUAUCAUGUUCCCUUACACACUUGAAGAUCAACCCCUCUCGCGUUCUCUGAUGAUAAGGGACCUUGGAGUCAUGCUUUCUCCUAAUUUAAACCCUCAAGAACAUAUCAACUAUAUUUGUAAGAGAGCUAAUUCUGCCCUAUACUUCGUCAUACGGAACAGCCGCAACAUGUUCUCUAUUCAUGCUCUACGGAUCCUUUACAUCCAUCUGGUGAGACCCUUACUGGAAUAUUCUUCACCUGUUUGGAGCCCUUACUUGAUUGGCCAGAUUGAUGGACUUGAGAACGUUCAAACCCGUUUCGUCCGUUUUGUUGGUGUGCUGCUAGGCUUCGACUACCGCACUGCUCCAGUUCAUGAUCUGCGACUUCAGUUAAACUUGAUGCCACUUCACACAAGACGAAUAAUCAAUGACCUACUGUUCCUGAGGAAGCUGAUUAACUCGAACAUUGAUGCCCCUGAUCUACUUGUCAAGCUGGACUUCCGCACUUCUCGACACCUGCGCCACACCCAUCCUUUCGCUAGACGUCAGUAUUCGACCCAGUACUUGUUCCACAGCACCUUUCCUCGCCUCCAGCUGCUGGCCAACAGCAUGCCGGACGACAUUGAUCUGUUUUGUACAGUUCCAACACUUUUUAUCACCAACCGGAUAUAA